UUUCGUUUCAUUCUUCUGAAAAUGGCCGCUUCAGGAGGAAGUAUUGAGUGGUCAACAACAGUAAAACCAAUUUUAACUGCCUUAUACGGCCCCUUUUUCGACAAAAAUGAUGUCGUAGAAAAUAUACAAGCUAUUAUAAAAAGUGAAAGUGAAUUCCAGAACCAUGAAGACAUUUAUGAUCUAUUCUACACAUGCUUUGCUUGCCUCUCGGCACACUUCAUCAGCAUCAAUGCAAAUAAUUUACCUAGUGACCAGCUGAGCACUGCUCGUGAUGCACUUAGGGUUAUACUUAAACAAAUUCUGAAGAAGCUCUCUGAGGCCGGAUUGAGCUAUGAUGACACAUCUGCUACGACUGCACCAAGCAUCUCUAUCAAACAGCUUCUGCUCCCCAUUGUGGGAUUAUGUGGCAUUGAUGGAGGUGGCUACCCACAAUCUGACUUAGUCAUUUUGACAUCUUUGCUCAAGAAUGCAAAAUUACCAGCCCAUGUCAAUGCACCGGAUACGCAAACCGCAAAGACAUCUGUGAUUGCCAGCCCAAUCACUUCAUUAGCAUCUCAAACCACAAGUGCUGAAAAACAACCACCAUCUAACGCUCAACGGCGCUCCGACGCACUUCUUGAGCAGUUGACUGCACCACUGAGGAACCCUGUGACCUCUAUGCCGUCGUGUCAGUCCCAACCAGCCACGGUGGUCUUGUCACCCGGAAGUAAAGAUAGUAUCGAAAGUACUAAAGAUGGGAAUGCUUCCCAACAGUCUACUAUUGAUGUAAAGAAAUGGGUGUCAUCAACAUGCUCGUCAAUCCUGAUGGAGCAGCGCGCAGGCUCCGUAAUGCUCAAGGUUUGCUCGUCGCUGCCGUGCCUGCAGCGCUACCUUAACCGCUGGCAGGCCGCCAGGGACUCCAACACCUCGCCGCAGUUCAACUCCGACGCGUCUCUGCUGCAUUUCCUUGUGAACGAGGUCCAUGUGUGCAGACUGGCUAUGUCCCUGCCAUGCCUCGAGCCCUUCACAUCGGAGCGCAUCGCCACACUCAGUGACGUCAGCACCGCGUGGUUACUUUGCGCCACUGCACAGGCGUCUCUACAUCCAAAGGACGAGGAGACUGAACAACAAACAGCUACUCUGGUAGAGAGCGCCCUCAGCUUGUACAACACUGUUGGGGAGACUUUCAAACAGUCUACACGCGCCGGGGGUUAUGUAUAUCAAAACCAUCUGAUGAUCGGUGGCUGGGUGCUCCUGUGUGGUUUGCAUCACGCACUAGCUGGAGCGCCGUGUCCGUCCACCACGACUGGAAAGAGUCCCGCCAAAACGCCUUCGAGACCUUACAACUUGACCAAAAUGCAACAGGGUCUGGGCGUGGUGUGGGUGGCCCUCGGCGGGCGCUGCCUGGCGUGGGUCGGGGCUCUGCUGGCGGACGCGCGCGUGGAGGCGCUGAGCUGCGGCCGGCCCCCCUCCCCCGCGCCCGCGCCCGCGCCUCUGCUCAUCCUGGCGCAGCACACGGCGCACCAGCGCGAGCUGCGGCUGGCCGCUGCUGCUCCACUGCAUCAGUUGCUGGUGGCUUUGGGCGUGGUGUGCUACCGUAAAGCCACGAACCUGAAGCGCGCAGUGGUCCAGAAACAGCACCAGGACUGCGACCCCGACCGCUCCGACUCCACCGUCUACUUCCAGGACAUGAUCCUGUGCUCUGAGGACGAGGAGACCGAUGAUGACAGUGAGCCGUUGUUCGGGCUCUGGUUCGAGUCUACAUUGGUGGCGCCGGAGACGUCGGAGGGCGGAGGCCGGCCCGCCAGCGAGGGCCCCAGCGACGCGCCCGCGCGCCACCACCACCCCAUCGUGCCUGAUAAGGCGGAGCCCUACUCGUACAUAACUUUGGCGACAGAAGUGUUCACACUGCUGACCGAGGAGAUCAUCAGCGAGGGUUCUGACAGACUGGGACAAACUGCGUUACAACUUCAUGACGCUCACCAGGCGUUGCUCGCGGCGCUUGCUAAGGACCUCGACAGGGAGACCGCGCGAACUGACACAGGCACAAUAUCGUCCUGCUUCGGCGUUCGUUUGGGCGCACUAUACGGCGGGUUCAGCUCAGCGCUGGUGCGCUAUCUCCACAACCUGACCGGCGCGCCGGCGUUCGCGUCUCUGCAGCCGGCGCUCCAGCAGCAGCUGCUCUCCGCCGGCUCCGAGAGGAGCAACAUGACACCGCUGCAGGUCGGACCUCGAGUAGUUAAGUUGCUCGGAGGCAUGGUACUCAGCAAGUCGGCAGCGGAAAGAGAGAACAGCAUCUUGGCGAUGUGGCACAAGAUCGUGAAUACUCUGCAAGAGUGCGCGCUACAAGCGCAACCUUCGCAGGACCACGACUAUGAGGACUUAAAUGUGGAGCAUGCACAACUGUUGGUGUAUUUAUUCCAUUCGUUGACAUUGAUGCAGAAGAAAUCUGUGCUUUUGAUGACUUCCAACGCUAUUAUUAAGGUGGUGGAAACCCUUGCUAUAAGCGACAGACAGCGGGCGAUGACAUUAGCCCCGCACCAACUGAUGCUGACCACACGCCUCAUGUUGCUAUUGGAAUAUCUUAUGAGACAUCUGUACGACGCUCCACAAACUCUACUGCAACAGAUCGAAUGGAACCUUGUGAUCGCUCCCGGGCUAUCUCAGCCAUCGCCCGAGUCCGCAACCAAUGGCGCGAAGACCACCACAGAGAAUGGUCUGCUGAAGGCUCGCAUUUAUUGUGAAGUCCCGCUCAUAGAGCAAGCCUACAGAAGGUUGUCUCAGGACGAAACGUCUAUGAGGCCGAAGUUCUACGCUUUGACCAAUGCUGAGAUUAACAAUCAGGAAAACCCGAAAUUUGACGGUUUGGCGUGCAACUUCGUGCUCGGCACGCCUCACAAGCUGAAGUACCCGCUGUUACUGGACGCGCUGCUGGCGCUCCUCAACUCCGCGUGCGUGUGCGACAACCCUCAGCAUGCGACGUCACCCGCGGCCCUCGCCGCCUCGCAUUACUGCUUCCAAACUGCUUGGAGACUGGUGAUAAGCAUGCCACCCGCCACACCUCACAUGGACAAGUUACAAGCGGGCACGGCCGCGGACCUCGCAUCGCCGUUGCCGCUGCACGCCGUCAUUUGGGCGCCCCGAGCUGACAACAAGAAGGUGUUCAACCCGUGGCUGAAGGAUGCACUUGUCAAACAGGGAAUGUACACGCAGUAUGCGGAAAAUCUGCUCGCUGGCGUCAGCACGUCGUGUGAUAAUAUAAAAUAUACCGCCUGGUUGGCAUCGGAAACCAUCAAACACUUGAAGCAAAAUAUAACAGUCAAUGGUUUGCCUUCACUGCUGGACGUGAUCUCCUGUGACUCCGUGCUGGUGAGACUGAAGGUGUGUCUGGCUGACACCACGUCGGCGACUGAAGCUCAUCAGUUCAUGCCUGAUCUGCUCGAAUUGCUAGAGACAAUACUGGACUGCUGCAGACUAAGCGCAAGCGCCGAAUUGGAGCCUCUAAUGGAGGCAUCAAACAACGCGUCGGAAACGGCCGUUUGCCGCGCUCGGCUGCAGGUGUGCGGCGCGGGGGCGGGGGCGGGCGCGGGCGCGGGCGCCGGCAGCCCGCCCGCGCUGGCCACGUGGCUGCGCGCGCAUCUGCCUCCGCCCGCUGCCGCCGCUUUGGAUAGAUUGGGCUCCCCGCCGCCCCUCGCCUGCAUGAACCUAGCUUUUUACGCAUCUGACAUCAUCCCAUCGGAGAGCGCUGUUCUCAACCUAGUGACAUCACACUGCGAACUCAUCAGCGCCAACCCUAAGUACUCCAUCGGGCCUUCCCUGAUGAUGCUGGCGUACUCUGCCGCGAAACUUCUAGAUGUUGGAGCUAUGAAGCUGGCUGACAACCCUGAUCUGAUGAGAAAGACGUUGGACCUCGUCAUUCCGGCUUUGACCGACGGACGUCUGGAGUUCAUGUGCGAGCCGCUGACUGCUGUACUGAACACGCUGGUGCCACAGCCUCAUAAAUCUGAACAACUGAUACACGAACAUAUCCUCAGAACUACGUAUACUGUACUCGUAGACCAUUUGCAGCCGUCUACUGAGAAAACUCUCAGACAUAUGGUAAAGUACUGGGAAAAGAUUUUGGACCGCCAGCCCGGCAGAUUGGCUUACGAGUCUGUAUUCACGGAUAACUCGAGCUAUUCACUCGGCAAGAUUCUGCUCUCCGCGCCCAACGCACGGAACCCUUACGCGGAGCGGGUUAUCAAACUAUUCAUCAAAAUCUUCACUGGAUGCGAGGGAACAGAACUGGGCAGUGCGCUUUGCAUCUCCGUCUGCAAGUUUGUAGGUGUUGCUGAUCAUCAGAAACUGUCAGUCUUGCUGUCUCAUAUCUGCUUAGGCUCGCCUGCUACAUCAGCGGGUUCGCCAGUGACAGCCAAUGGCACUCCAACGGAAACUGAACUGCCGACUCCCACGUCGUCCGCGCCGGAAACCGGCGGCAAUCCAGCGUCCUUAGCGCUGAGAAACGCUUUGCGAAGCGUGUUCAGAGUUGACAGCGAUUCUACGCAGCGCAAUGAAUCUGCGUCGCAGAGAACAGAUUCUGAGCUGCCUGUGUUUGACGCACCUUCACCAGCGCCAAGAGCGCAAUCUGAAACUGCACAACAAUCAGGAAAUUCAGAGAGCUGCAGCUGGUCUGACGGCAGCAAAGAGAGUGCAGCAACCACCGGAGCGGUGGUCCUGACCGCCUCCCCCGCGCCGCCGCAGCUGGCGCUCGCCGCCAACGACAACACGCUGCUGUCGGCGCUCUGCAAGCACGCGGUGCUGCAUUGUACUGCUGACGUGAGCGAACGUAUGCUGGUCACUCUUAUCGGCGUUUGCGGCGAGAUCCCUUGCUCGUCUCUACUACUCCGUGAAAUGUGCCGCCUUGCAGACGCCCACGGGGGGAAACAACACAAACAGCUAUUGUCGGCAGCGCUGCAUUGGCUCGCUGCCUGUGUGGACAACCUGAGCAGCCAAGAAGUGUUGGAGAAGUUAGAAGAGGGCCAAGUGGACAGCAACCUCUUGCCGCAAAUAGAAUCUGCAUGCGUGCUGCUGUCGUACCUUUCAGACGCACUGCACACUAUUAACACUGCGCAGCCACACUCUUGGCGUUCUGUGAGCCCUACUUGGGAAUCGCCAUCGGAUCUUGGUUUCGACCUAGAUUAUACCGACGAACAGCAAGAUGAUGACGACACUAGUGCUGAUGAUUCUGACGAAGAUGCCAUGCUCCAAUACAAACUGUGCACAUUCACGGUGACCCAACGGGAGUUCAUGAACCAACAUUGGUAUCACUGCCACACCUGCAAGAUGGUAGAUGGCGUUGGCGUAUGUACGGUCUGUGCAAGAGUGUGUCAUCGCGGCCAUGAUGUCUCGUACGCCAAGUUCGGCAACUUCUUUUGUGACUGUGGCGCUAAGCCAGACUCUAGUUGCCAAGCCCUAGUAAAGAGGUCAGUGACCCUGGGCGGGGGCAGGACUGCGACCGGCACAGACGAGCCCCCCCCAGCGCCGUCACUGCGGAGACGAGCUUCAAGCCCCACUCCCCCCGCCGUGCUGGCUCAGCCCCGCCGACCGCAACUCGCCGCCAAUAUUCAAGGCUGCCGGUCGUACCUGCAAUCGUACACGGGAUGGGGCGCGUGCCUGGAGCGCGUGCGACGGCUGCUGGAGGCGCUGUGCGCGCCCGUGCGCGCCGCGUGCGAGCGCGCCGCGCCCACCGGCGCGCACGGCCGCGCUCAGCGCGCUCUGGCGCAGCUGCAUCUCGGGGAGAAGAAGUUCAAUCAUACGGACACCCUCAUGCUGGCCACUCUUGGAUCACAGGAGGGCGCUUUCGAGAACGUGCGCAUGUCGUACACCGGUGAAAAUGGACAAACUAUUCGCCAACUGAUGUCCACUCACAAGCUGCGGCGGGUCGCCAUGUGCUGCUUAGCUUCACCCCAGGGCCGCCGGCAGCAUCUCGCUGUCUCGCACGAGAAAGGGAAAAUAACCGUGCUUCAACUGUCAGCGCUGCUGAAGCAGGCGGACUCAUCGAAACACAAGCUGACAUUGACACGUCUUUCGUCCGCGCCCAUCCCGUUCACAGUGCUCAGCCUGAGCGGCAACCCCUGGAACGAGGAGCUGUUGUGUGUCUGCGGACUCAAGGAGUGCCAUGUGCUCACCUUCAACAGCGGCGGAGCGGUAGCCGACCACCUAGUAUUAAACACGGGCCUGGAAGCGAACAACUACGUUAUCAAGGCAAUAUGGCUGCCUGGCUCUCAGACGCAGCUCGCACUCGUCACGUCAGACUUCGUCAAGAUAUUCGACCUCAGCAAGGACCUCAACAACCCUAUGCAUCACUUCCUCGUGCCUAGUGGAAAGGUGCGUGAUGUGACAUUCGUGAACCAAGACAACGUUACCCACAUGUUAUGCAUGAGCUCCGCGGGUCACAUCUACUGGCAGCCGAUGAGUGACGAAUCACGCGCCGCCCUCGGUACAUUCUACGUCACAAAUACACUUGAAGUUCUGCACCCUGAGAUACAGGAUGUAGCCGGAUUGGUGGGAGGCGGAGGUGUUUCGAUCUAUUAUUCUCACACUCUCAAAAUGCUGUUCUUCUCGUACGCUCAAGGCAAGAGUUUCUUGGCGCCUCUCAACACCGUUGAAGAGAGUCUCAAAGGCACAGCGAUGAUAACGCUGUCGUCAUCAGCGCCGACCAAGGAGGGCGGGCGGGGCAAGCAAGGCGUGCAGUCGCUGUGCCAGUGGGCGGAGGUGGCCGGCCACCCGGGGCUCGUCACCGCCGUCAUGCAGGCCUCCAAUAACCCCGUGGUGCUCAUGCUCACGCCCAACAGCAUUUGUGUGCAGGAGAUCAAGGUGUUGCCAGCCAAGGCCAAGAUCACAGAUAUGGUCGCCGUCCGCCAUUGGUGCGGUGGUGGAGGAGAACAAAAGAGCACACUCAUUCUUCUCUGCGAAGACGGAAGUCUGCGCAUGUACGCCGCCAACCCUGACCUCACUGGGUAUUGGCUGUCUCCCGCCAUACAACCGACGCACGCGCCGCGUCGCCGACCGCGGUUGCUCACACACCACACCAGCCGCAAUAAGCAACAGGCCGCCACAAAAUCCAAUGCGAACGGAGCACCGCAGUUCCCAAUUGAUUUCUUCGAGCACUGCGUGUCUAUGACUGACAUCGAGUUCGGGGGCAAUGACCUGUUGCAAGUUUACAACACCGCUCAAAUCAAGCACCGUCUCAACACUACUGGAUUAUACGUGGUGUCGACAAGGAUGAGCGGCUUUACUAUGGAAGUGAUAAACUCUGAUCCUAAUAUGGUUAUUUGCGGAAUUAGAGUAUUGCUCGGAACUCAAGACGUGGCCAGGACUCCGUCUUAUGUUGAGGUAUACGGAAGAUCGAUUCAGACGAUCGUAGUCCGCAACCGUUGGUUCGAUAUACCUCUGACUCGCGAGGAAUCGUUGCAAUCUGACAAGAAACUGGUCAUCAACUUCGGACCUUCGCAAGACCCAGACGGCGUCACUAUGGUUGAUUCUGUAAAGGUAUAUGGGAAGAACAAAGAACAAUUUGGCUGGCCUGAGGAGAAUGAAGAUCCUUCAGCCUGUCCUUCAUCAAGUAAAGUGGCUCAGGAAUCGGAAUCAAACAGCGGCGCUUGGAAGCCGAGUUCGCUAGAGCGCCUCGCCUGCGCAGCGCUUGAAGCGCUUGAGCUCGGCGCAGGCGCGGUACCGGCGGCCGCUGCGCCCGCUGCAGCCGCUUCAAGUACAACCACCGCCGUGGUUAUCGGCGAAGGGGGCGCCGAGGCAGCGAGGAAACUGCUUUGUGCGCCCGCUGGAGCGCAUUUACACGCCCGUGCGCAGUGCUUGCUGAGGGCGCUGCAUAAUACGUAUUACCAUCAGUAUAAGGAUCAAGCCAUACUAAAAUACGUGUGCACAUCGCUUCAAGAACUCCGUGAUACGCCGGACGCCAGGAACAUAGACCCGGAAGCGUACUUCCGUCUGGUGCUGCUGGCCCGCGGAGUGGCUGUCGCGCGCCCGCAGCAUCUCGUCAAGUAUACUGCACCUACGCCGGCCAGACCUGCUCGAGGCGACUGGUCCGUCCUCUGGAAGGAGACUCCGCAAGACGGCAAAGAGAAGGAGAGCCACCUCUGCGCAUUGCUAACCAGCGUUCUAUGGCGUCUGGCCGGUUGUCGCAGCGCCACUCCACCCGGCAUUCUGCAGUACGGGCUGCGGCACGCGGAACACACGCUCCACGCGUUGGCCGAUAUCGUGCACGCAUUCCAAAUGCAGCCAGCUGAUUGUGUUGAAUUCGGAAACCAGAUAUAUCUUUCGCUGCUGCUCGCCGAAGAUCAAAGCAUUAGUUUCGGCGCCAAGACGGCUCUUAUGCGGGUCCUUAGGCCGAGGGUCAAGAGGCGAAGGGUGUAUAUUCCUUCGCCGCCCAAUACUCCUGGUGCUGGUUCAUCAGUAACUACAGCUCAACCCACCAGUUCUAUCACGGAGGCAGUGGUAUCAGAAUCUGAACUAGGCGCCAACCGCGACGAGCAACAAGACAACCAGUUCAUGGAGGUGGAUGACUCUUUGGAACCCAUGGUGUUGCUGGCGCCCGAAGGAGGCCUGGAAGCUCUAUUGGAUAUUCCUCCCGAUGCGGACGACGAAACUAUGGUGGAGCUCGCCAUUGCCCUGUCCCUACAGGAGCAGCCGCGACGUGCGCCCCCCGCGCCCUCCGCCCCGCCGCCGCCCGCGCCCGGCUUUAGCGACGCCACGGCUUCACCCACUGGGUCUGACGACGAAGGCAGCACGGCGGCGACAGACGGCAGCACACUGCGCACGUCGCCGGCCGAGCCGCCCGGCUCCGCCGGCUCCGAGAGCGGCGGCUCCGGCGCCGACAGCAUCGGCGGCGUCUCCGGCCGCAGCAGUGCAUACGGAGAAUUGGUGGGAGCUCCCACAUCGAGCUCGAUGCCAUCCAAUGCCGCGCCUGUUGCCAUUGCAGCCGGCCCCUCGGCAUCGUCGUCGCAACCCGUCGCGUCCACGUCUCGUGCGGUGGAGGCAGAGACUGAAACCCGCAAGCUUCACGCACUACGUCUGUCGCUGCUGUCCGCUGCUCUCGACGCGCUGCCUUCACUCCGAUCGCUUCCUGGAGUGCGCGCUAUACCAUUCGUCCAGGUGGUGCUCAUGCUUGCCAGCGAUCUAGACUCUAGCGUGGAAGGCGAUCGCGUCGUACUCGACCGCCUUCUAGAACUGUUAGUCUCCGAACUGGACAUCCAAGGAGAAGACCCGUCAUCUUCUACUGAAGAACGCACGGACAGAAGAGAAUUACAACUGGCUAUUAUGAGGCUCGAGUUGUUAGUGUCGGAGUUAGACUCGGGCGAGGAAGCCACGUCCCCUAUACACGAGAGGACCAAUAGGAGAGAGCUGCAGUUGGUUAUCAUGCGAUUGCUCAGCGUCCUCAUGGCUCGCUGGAAGACGUCGGGCACGAGCGGCGGCGGCGGCGGCGCGGGCGGAGGCGCGGGCGCGCGCGCGGAGGUGACGGGCGGCGCGUGCGCAGCGCACGUGUCGCGCCUGGCGGCCGCGGCGCUCGUGCGCGCCGGCGCGCCGCACCACUGCUACCGCGUGCUGGCCGCGCUGCUGCCCUACUGGAAAGAGAAGACUAAUAAUACUGGCACCACCACCCCUGGCCAACAACUACUGAAGCCUCAACCUCCACAACCGCUGCCAGAUAUGCAGCCGUUCUUCGUCAAAGAAUAUGUUAAGAGUCAUGCAUUGGACGUGUUCGACAACUACCCUCAGCUUCUGAUGGAGAUGGCCUUGCGCCUCCCCUGUCAGAUCCACAAGCAUUGUGACCCCGCGCAUUUCGACGCUCGUUGGCGAACUCUGCUCUGCGAAUACAUGAUGAACCAACAGACUCCGCUCAGGAAGUCUCUGAUACAAGAAGCGGUGCAACGCAUCACUGUAUUGAAACAAGUACGCAAACUGCUGCUACUGUUGUGCGGCACUCGCGAGCGUUACCGACAGCUGCGUGACGUCCACGCGCUCGACACGCACUUGAAUGCGGCGCGUGCGCUGCUCACUACCGACCCCGCGUAUGAUAAGCUUGUGCAGCUCAUGGAUCAUCUCAAAGCAUGCGCGGAAAUCGUAAGCGCUCGUACAGGCAACUGGCAACACACGUGCGCCGUUGAACGAGUGACGGCUUUAUCUUGGCUAGUGGUUAUUGCUCGAAGGGUACACCCGCAUGUGGCGCCCACUGUACUGCAGCUGCUGCAGUGCGCGCUUUGUCCGAACCAGCAUCAGCCGUCUUCUAACAAUCCUAAGCAACAGUCGUCGUCGGAAUGGCCGCCGGAGCGCGAGCGCAGCGCCGACAGCGACGCCGCGUUCGUAUCGGACGGCGCUAAGUUCCAGGAGCAGAGAGUACCGGUGCUGGUGCAGCAGAUCCUCAAGCAGGUAUCUCAAGAUGAACUGAAAAUGUUCGUGAAAGCGUUCUUGUUAGAGACAAACUCGACCGCUGUGCGUUGGCAGGCCCAUGCUCUGCUGCUUGCCAUUUACAAUAACUCGCCGCAGCCCGACCAAGCGUCGCUAGUGUCCUUACUGUGGGGAAUCUGGCCGACCCUGCCGCAGUACGGCCGCAAGGCGGCGCAGUUCGUCGACCUGCUGGGAUACUUCACGCUGAAGACGCCCAACAUUGACACUGAGAAAUACGUGGGCAGUGCGGUAGAUCUCCUGCGCAACCAGAACUCGUUGCUAUCGUCGCACGGAAACUCUGCGUUGUACGCGGCUCUCGGUGCGUACGUGGAACUAGACGGGUACUACCUGGAAUCCGAGCCGUGCCUCGUGUGCAACAACCCCGAGGUGCCGAUGGCCACCAUCAAACUGCCCACUAUCAAGAUCGACUCGAAGUUCACGACGACUACGCAGAUCGUCAAACUGGUCAACAGCCACAUGAUCAGCCGCAUCAGUCUCAGAAUCGGCGACAUCAAGCGGAGCAAGAUGGUGCGGACUAUCAACUUCUACUACAACAACCGCACGGUUCAAGCUGUGCAAGAACUCAAGAAUAAACCCAGCAUGUGGCACAAAGCCAAGCGCGUACAACUGCAGUCUGGCCAAUCAGAAGUCCGCGUCGACUUCCCACUGCCAAUCGUAGCGUGUAACCUCAUGAUGGAGUACGCUGACUUCUAUGAGAAUCAACAAGCCACUGGUGAAUCGCUGCAAUGUCCCCGCUGCUCGCAGUCGGUGCCCGCGAACCCCGGCGUCUGCGGCAACUGCGGCGAAAACGUGUUCCAAUGUCACAAGUGUCGUGCCAUAAACUACGACGAGAAAGAUCCGUUCCUUUGCCACGCGUGCGGUUUCUGCAAGUACGCUAAGUUCGACUACACUCUAACUGCACGGCCGUGCUGCGCCGUCGACACCAUAGAGAAUGACGAGGAGAGGAAGAAGAUGGUGCAGACCAUCGGCGCUUUGUUGGAUAAAGCCGAUCGCGUUUACAGGCAGCUUGUGGCUAACAAGCCUGUCAUGGAGUCGCUGCUUCACAAGAUAAGCGAACACCGUCUGGAAGGGCGCACGGGCGACGAGAACAGCAACGCGAGCAACACUUCGUUCGGCGGCGCUCAGAUUAACCGCGUGAUCCAAACUCUUGCGCACAAGUACUGCGUCGACAGCAAGGGACAUUUCGAGGACCUCUCCAAGAUCAUACAGAAAGUGCUGGCAUGCAGGAAAGAGUUGGUGACCUAUGAUCGGUCACAAAGCGAACAGCUGAAGGGUGACACUCUUCCCGUGUAUGCUGGACUCGUGCAAAACUACGAUGGAGAUUUCACCAAAGAAUCCGGCAGCGGCUGCUACGGGUGUUCGCUGGCGUGCGCGGAGCAGUGCCUGACGCUGCUGCGCGCGCUGGCCUCGCAGCACGAGCACCGCGCUCGGCUGUGCCGCUUCGGGCUGGUGCACGAGCUGGUGCAGCACAACUUGCAUCGCGGCACUCCGCAGUGCCAAGAAGAAGUUCGCGCCCUGAUUUGUCUCGUGACGCGUGACAACUUGCCCGCGACAGAACAACUGUGCAACCUUCUCUCCCAGAGGAUUACGCUGUCGCUCAUGGGACACGCCGCGUCGCAAGACCAUAACAACUCGGUUCGACCUUUGGUGUUAUUGUUGGGGUCGUUGGUGAAAGUUCAAGAUUCAACGGAAUGUUGGGAGGCACGACUUCGCUGUAUUGUGAAGCUCUGGGUUUGGUGUUGCCCUCAACUGACCGAAGUGGCUGGCAUUCCGCCGGCAGCCCAGUCUAUUCUGAAGGCCGAUGCAUUGGCUGGCAUACCGGGCAUAAAUACUUCUUCCCCUAACUCACACCAGUUCGCGCUGCAGCAGGUGGCUCUUCCUUGCCUCCGCUAUAUGCAGCAGAUUAUGGCGCCCAUCCCCCCCGCGCCCUCCAACACUUCCACCGACUCCGAGCAGAACAAGGAGGCGAAGGAUUCAACGCCCACGAUUACGACAACACCAAGCGCACUCGCAUCGUCGACGGGCAACGUGGUGGUGGACCUGGCGGCCUGGCUGGCGGGGAAGGUGCCUCAUUCGCAGUGGAGGAGGCUCGUGCCGGCGCGGGAGGCCCCGCCCGGAGACGCCGAGGCCUUCCCGCCCAGGGACUUCCAUCUGGCGCAGAAGUAUCUGGGGAAGUGGCGUGAGAAGACGCUGCUGUCGCACGGCAUGCGGCCGCUGUCGCUGGAGGCGGGCGGCUGGCUGCGGCCGGUCAUGUUCGACCCCAGCUCACGCAUCGCGCGCGACACCGCCUGCCAGAUGGUCAGGUCGCUGUGCGACUCCUACGACCGCACCAAGGCUGUACUGAUACUUCUAACCAGCUUCUUGCCAGAAGUCUGCAACGCUGGAGAAGCAAGCGAACAGUUUUUGCAACUUUACCAAAGUCUGGCGUCUGAAGCGCCAUGGAAGCAGUUCCUGGCUUUGCGCGGCGUUUUGCAACAGAUUGCCGAUCUGAUGACCAAGGAGAUUGAACAACUGCAUCGCCUCGAGGAGACUACCCUCACCUCUGAUCUUGCUCAAGGGUAUGCUCUCAAACGGCUCACGGAGCUUCUGGGCUUGAUAUUGGAAGAAGGGGGAGCCCGUCGCACGUACAAGACGAGGCUGGUGGGCGCUGUGCUGGGCGGCUACCUCGCGCUGCGGCGGCUGGUCGUGCAGCGCACGCGCCUCACCGACGACACGCAGGAGAAGCUUCUGGAACUACUCGAGGAAAUGACCACGGGUACCGAAGCGGAAACCGCGGAGUUCAUGGCGGUGUGCAUCGAGACUGUGCAGAAGUAUCCGCUGCACGACUACCGCACUCCAGUGUUCAUUUUCGAGAGGCUCUGCUCCAUCAUAUAUCCGGAAGAAAACGACGUCGGGGAGUUCUUCCUGACGCUGGAGAAGGACCCGCAACAGGAGGACUUUUUGCAGGGCCGCAUGUUGGGCAACCCAUACUCGUCGCUAGAACCGGGCAUGGGUCCUCUGAUGAGAGACGUGAAGAACAAGAUCUGCACAGAUUGCGAAUUGGUUGCUUUGUUGGAGGACGACAACGGCAUGGAACUGCUGGUCUGCAACAAGAUCAUGUCGCUCGACUUACCCGUCAAGGAGGUCUACAAGAAGGUUUGGUGCACAUCAGGAGAGGGCGUGGACGCGAUGCGUGUUGUGUACCGUAUGCGUGGUCUACUCGGCGACGCAACUGAAGAGUUUGUGGAGACGCUCAGCCAAACCAACGCUGAGGCUGUUGAUGACGAACAAGUGUAUCGGAUGGCUAACGUGUUGGCGGACUGCGGCGGCAUCGAAGCAAUGCUGCAGCGGCUGGCGGCGAUCCAGCUGGUGGGCGUGGCGCGGUCGCUGUGCUCGACGCUGCUGCGGCUGCUGUCGCUGUGCACGCGCGUGCGUCGCUGCGUGCUGGUGCUGACGCGCGCCGACACGCGCGCGCUGCCCGUGCUGCUGCACGCGCUGCACCUCGCCGCCAGCGAGGAGAAGACCAUGCCGCGCGCGCAUCUCGUCUACCAGCUGCUAGAGAUUAUGGAGCGUAUACUGUCGGUAGCAGCGAGCGAGAGUUUGGAGUCGUUCCUUCAAUUCUCACUGACAUUCGGCGGGCCUGAGUACGUCCAAGCGUUGUUGAACUGCACCGAGUGUCCUGGUAUCCGUAACAACUCCGUAGCACUGGGCCACUUGACACGCGUAUUAGCAGCCCUAGUCUACGGCAACGACCUCAAAAUGGCUAUGCUUGUGGAGCACUUCAAGCCAGUGUUGGACUUCGACCGGCUGGACUCUGAGCAGUGGACGGAGGAGGAGUUCCGCAUGGAGCUGUUCUGCGUGCUCUGCGCCAACAUCGAGAGGAACUCCAUCGGGGGCACGCUCAAGGAUUAUCUCAUCUCGCUUGGUGUCGUGAGGGACGCUCUGGAGUACAUCGUGAAACACGCGCCGUGUGUGAAGCCGACGCUGGUGUGCACGGACUCUGACGAGCUGAAGGAGUUCAUCAGUCGGCCCGCGCUCAAGUACAUACUGCGCUUCCUGACCGGACUUGCGGCCGACCACGAGCCCACGCAGAUGUUGGUGUGCGAGAAAGUGAUACCAAUAGUCCACCGUCUCGAGCAAGUUUCGUCCGGCGAACAUGUUGGGUCGCUUGCUGAGAACCUUCUAGAAGCGUUGCGCUCGCAGCCCCAGUGCGCGGCCAAAGUGCAAGAAGUGCGGGAUUUCACUAGACAGGAGAAGAAACGCCUCGCGAUGGCAGUUCGCGAACGUCAACUCGGCGCUUUAGGCAUGCGCAGUAACGAGAGGGGGCAAGUGACCGCGCAGUGCUCGCUGACGCAGCAAGUGGCGGAGCUAGCGGAGGAGGCGGGCGCUGUGUGCUGCAUCUGUCGCGAGGGGUACAAGUACCAGCCCAGCAAGGUCCUGGGCAUCUACACGUACACGAAGCGCUGCCCGGUGGAGGAGUUCGAGGUGCGCGCGCGCAAGACGCUCGGCUACACGACCGUGUCGCAUUACAACAUCGUGCACGUCGAGUGCCACAUGGCGGCCGUGCGGCUGGCCCGCGCCAGGGACGAGUGGGAGAGCGCGGCGCUUCAGAACGCGUCCACCCGCUGCAACGGGCUGCUGCCGCUGUGGGGCCCGCACGUGCCCGAGUCUGCCUUCGCCAGCUGUCUCGCCAGGCACACUACCUACUUGCAGGAAUGCACCGGGCACCGCGACAUCGGUCACACCUGCACAGUUCACGACCUGAAGCUGCUGCUGCUGCGGUUCGCGCGCGGGCGCACCUUCCACGACGACACGGGCGGCGGCGGUCCGCUGUCCAACAUGCAGCUCACGCCGGCUCUCAUACACAUGGCGCUUUAUGUCAUCAACACGUCUCGCGUGGCGGCGCGCGAGGUUUCGGCGCUGGAGGCGUCGCUGGGCUGGGCGGCGGCGCGGCUGCUGGAGUCCGCGCACGACGCCGAGGGCCCGCUAUACUUCCUCACGCUCACUCUGCUGCUCUAUCCGCAUGCCAAAUGGCGUUCAGUCCGCGUGGAGCAACUGAAGCGAAUGCUGCUGAUAGGUCACGUGCGCAGCGUGGCGCCCGCGGGCCCGGCGCUGCGCGCGCUGCCGCCCGAGCACCGCGCGCCCAAGCAGUGGCCGGACUACAAGCCGUACGCGCUGCUGGUGGCCAUCGUGGACCAGCUCUACACGGUCAUGUUCAAGAAUGUGACUGCGACGAGCGUGGACCAGUGGCCGGUGAAGCUGGCGGAGUACAUCCGACACAACGACGAGGCCAACGGCAAGGCGGCCGAGAAGAUCGUCACCACUCUCACCGACGAGCUGCUGCCGUGCGCCUCCUUCGCGGAGUUCUGCGACGCCGCCGGCUUCCUCGAGGAGGUGUCCGACCCCGACGGCUUCCUUCAGACGCUCCUCGAUGAACAACCUUGAGGAAGGCCUUUCGUGCCACAAUGCCUCAGUUACAACGGAUGCAUGGCAUGUUAAACCGUCAAACCCCCACAAAAACUGUACCAGUGACAUAUAACCGCAUAUAACAAGCAUUUAUAUUUGUACCCACGCCUCGCGUUUUAUAUAGUGAUCACAAAGUGCAACUUAAAUAGACUAAUUUGUUAAAUGAUGUGACGACCGCGACACGUCAACGCGUCCCUUUCACUCCUCUGGGUCAAGGCCCUCUUGUACUAUUAUAAUCCACAUUAAUAACUGUCACUUGUAACAAUUAAGAAUAUUCAAUGCUUGUAGCCUAUCAAAUUGUUUAGUUUGUUCUCGUGUAUCCUCUUGUAUUUGAUGCUCUUGGCUUUGUGUUGUUCUAAUAAAUAGUUUCUGCUUCA